AAUCUACUUGUUUUUAGAAUCGACUCCUACCGAAGGAGUCGAUACUAGCUCUGUUGUGUUGCACCAGGACCAGAUAUGUGUCUGCUCACAAAAAAUACCUUUACUAACAAUCCAUAGACAUUUUCAAAUAAUCAUUUCUAGACGUGGCGACUGAACUUGUCAGAGAAAUGGAAGUUGAAAGUUUCGUUUGUAAAACGCUUGAACUCUUGCAAGAGGAGAGAGAAGCUGAGAUAGAAGAAACAAGGGCAUGGCAAAAGAAUCUGUCACUAAAAAAUCUACAACAGAAAGGAGUAUGCUUGCUGAAACUUCAAAUUGGAAGUCAGAGGACAGGAAUGCAUGGUAGACUUCUGGUUUCGUUUGAGCCUCGGAAAAGUAUCGGACCUUCACUUCUUCCCAGUCACGGUUUCGGACCUGGAGACAUUGUGGGUCUUUAUGAAUCAGAAGGAUGCAGUCAGCCUGAUCAGCUUUGCUCGGGUGUGGUAACCCGUGUGACACAGGCAUCAGUAACAGUUGCUUUUGACGAAACACAUGAUGGCCUCAACCUGGAAAGUGAUGGACUAUAUAAUAUUAUGAAGCUUGCAAAUGAUGUAACUUAUAAACGAUUGACUCGUGCUUUAAACUCUUUGAAUGGAUACAGAAGUGGUCCUGCUGCACAUCUAAUAAGUGUCCUCUUUGGCAACUCUGAGCCUGGAAUGUUGUUACAGCAGAAUGAUUUAGAGUGGAUUAAUGCUGGAUUAGACAGAUCUCAGCAGGAGGCUGUUUCAUUUGCACUCGCUCAGAAAGACGUCGCUAUCAUACACGGACCACCGGGGACGGGAAAAACCACAACUGUGGUGGAAGUUAUUCUACAGGCAGUAAAACAAGGCCAGAAGGUUUUGUGCUGUGCUCCAUCCAACGUGGCUGUGGAUAAUUUAGUGGAGCGCCUGGCUAAAUGCAAGGCUAAGGUCCUGCGCCUAGGACAUCCAGCACGUCUGCUAGAGUCGAUCCAGAAACAUUCCCUGGAUGCCGUGCUUGCACAGAGCGACAACACCAACAUCAUCGCAGAUGUCCGAAAAGACAUGGAUAAAGCCUUUAGUCAGAUAAAGAAAGUACGUGACAAAGGACAGAGAAGCAGCCUAAGGAGAGAAAUAGGAGAACUGCGAAAGGAACUAAAGAGCAGGGAGGAGAUGGCUAUCACCCAAAUCCUGAAAAGAGCCAGUGUUAUUCUGGCAACUAACACUGGAGCUAGUAAUGAUGGUCCACUGAAGCAUUUGCCAAGCGAGCAUUUCGACCUGGUGGUGAUAGAUGAAUGUGCUCAGGCUCUGGAGAGCAGCUGUUGGAUCGCACUGCUCAAAGCACGCAAGUGCAUCCUGGCGGGAGAUUACAAGCAGCUGCCACCCACAAUUAAAUCUCAGAAUGCAGCUGCUAAAGGUCUGUCUGUGAGUUUAAUGGAGCGGCUGAUUCAGAAGUACGGAGACUCGAUAGUUCGAAUGCUGACCACUCAGUACCGUAUGAACAGUGCCAUUAUGCAGUGGGCGUCAGAGCAGAUGUACCAAGGAAAACUGACCGCACAUCCUUCAGUCGAGAAACAUUUAUUGAGAGGCCUGGCUGGUGUAUCUCAUGUUGAGGAGACCAGCAUACCUUUGCUUUUAGUUGACACUGCUGGCUGUGGUCUUAAUGAAAUGGAGGACACAGAUGAACAGUCGAAAGGCAAUCAGGGUGAAGUUGAUAUAGUGGCUCUUCAUGUGAGAACCUUGACUGAGGCUGGAGUGCAGGCUAAAGACAUUGCGGUCAUUGCACCUUAUAACCUACAGGUAGAUCUGCUAAGACAGAAGCUCUCAAAUCAGUACCCGGACCUGGAGAUCAAAUCUGUAGAUGGCUUUCAAGGCAGAGAAAAGGAGGCAGUGUUGCUGUCCCUGGUUAGAUCUAAUAAAAAAGGAGAAGUUGGAUUUCUUGCGGAGGACAGAAGGAUCAACGUGGCUGUAACACGUGCCAGACGUCAGCUGGUCGUGGUAUGCGAUUCCCAGACUGUCCGAAACCAUGACUUUCUCAAAAGCUUGGUUGACUACAUGUCUGAGCAUGGCGAGGUUCGCACCGCUUUCGAGUACUUGGAGGACCUGGUGACUGAAAACUACCACUGUGAUUUUAAAGACCAACAAAAUAACAUUAAAGCAUCUUCCAGUAAAACAAAGGCAGGAAACCAACAAGGCAAAGGGGUUGAGAAGAAGUGCAAUAAAGUCUUUGAGAGAAAAAGCAAAGGAAGUGGUCAAUCAGAGGAUGAUUCCAACGUUGGCAAUAAUCUAAAGUCACGCCUUUUCAAACCAAAAGCAGACAAUCAGGUUGAGUCUCAAAUUAAGAAAGAAGAGUUGCGGCAGCAGAUGCUUAUCUUCCUGGACAACCAAAGUCAGGCAGAGCUUCAGUUUCCUUCCUCUCUGAAUUCACAUGAACGUCUGCUGGUUCACCAGAUCUGUGAGGAGCUGAAACUCAAGCAUGUGAGCAAGGGAACAGGAAAAGAGCGCCAUGUCACCGUUUCCAAACCAGUGGCAGAGCCAGAGAAGAGACUGGAAAAGGAAUCAGAGUCCACAAGUGCAGAAAUCCAGAUUCCAGAGGAACAAACAGAAAGAGAGUCCAACAAGCAAAUAGUGAAGCCUGCUGUAGAUUUGAAAAGCUUGCAUUUAGAGCGUAUGCGCCGGGAGCAAGAAAAACGGGAGGAGAAAAUUCAGAGCAAAAGACUAGAGAGAGAUCUUAAAGAAAGUAAAGGCUCAUCCACAAAGAAGAACAAAGGAAAGGGGAAAAUGAAAGCAGGGGCUGUGGACAUUGCUGCAGCUGCUACAGCUGAUGAUGAUUUUGAUGCACUCGUUGAUGCUGUGGUGAAAGCAGAAAGCGUGUGUAGCUUCAUGAAGUGUAAAGCCAGUGUGCUCACACUGGGGCAGCUGUGUGUCUACUGUAACAGACAGUACUGCCUGAGUCACCACAUACCAGAGGUCCAUGGAUGUGGAGACAAAGCAAAGGCACAGGCUCGUAUGAGAAUAAGCAAAGAGGGAGUGCUGUAUGCCGGCAGCGGACAGAAGGAUAAGUCCAUCGAUCCAAACAAAAAAGCAUACCUGCAACGCAAACUAGACUCUAAACUUAAAGACAUGGCAUGCCAAAGAAAAUCCAAAUCAAAAGAUAAAGAACACUGAGUAAUUCAGUUCUGCUUUAUAAAAUGUAUAUAUUCUAAUUAAACGAAGGAAGUAUUGUGUGUUUCACAGAAGUAGGAUACAAAUUAAAUGUUAAUUUGUCAACCUUAUGAACCUCCAUAUGGUUAGCGCAUCGCUGAUGUUUUUUUCUUCAUAAUCACACAUUGGUGUGCUUUUACAGCAUUUGGCAGACACCCUUGUCCAGAGGAACUUACAUUUUAUCAUACAACUAAGCAAUUAUUAAUUAAGGGCCUUGCUCAGGGGCCCAGCAGAGGCAAGAUUGUGGCCCUGGGGUUCAAACUCAACCUUCUGGUAGUUAAGUUUUGGUAGUUAACCACUAUGUUACCACAUCCCACAGCUUAUUGCUUAUUACUGAGGAACAGUUUAAGUAGUGCUAGGUUCGGGAGUAACAGGACAUGCAACAAUUAAACAAACAAGAAGACAUGUACAAUACAUGUAGUAGCUACACUUACUUCAUUAAGAACAUCUGUACAACUGUGCAUAAACUCACGAAGAUACAGGCUAGCAGCUUCAGUAAUGUUCACAUCAAACAUCAGUAUGGGAAAAGAUGUGGUCGUUACUCUUGGUGACAGACAGGCUGCUUUAAGUAUUUCAGAAAAUGAUGAUUUUCUGGGAUUUUUACAGAUUGGUUUAAACCAGAUUGGUUAAAGCCAACAGGAAGUAUACAGUAACUCUAAUAAGCACUAUUGAGGUGGAUGUGCUACAAAAGCAGCACUUUGGGGUUCUUUCCAGUCAGCCAAGAACAGGAAUCCCAGGCUAAAACUAAAGACUAAAACAGACUAAAAUCCUGGUCUUUAUCCAAUCUUUCAUUUCUGUGAUCCUGUGUCCACAGUAGCCUGAGAUUGUUUAUGGCUGACUAGAGUGAACCCCAAAGUGCUCCGAGUUCUUAUUGGUGUUCGAGGACCCUUCCUGUUGGCUUGAAGCAAUCUGGUAAUUUUCCUCUGUCUUCUCUCAUCAGCAACUAGCUUUUAACCUGUGACUGCCUGACUGUAUGUAUACACUGUGCUGCUGCCAAAGGAAUAGCUAAAUAUAUAACGUCGUAAAUACGUAGUUAUUCCUGAUGAAGUGCUCAGUGUGUGUAUGUCGUUAUGGAAAAAGAAGUCAUCAAUUGUAGCAAAAAAAUUUUAUUGCAAUUUCAUUAUUAAAAAAAUCCAUUGGAUAUGUCUGAAGGAACAUUCUCAUACAUUUAACAGAUAUAUCUGAUCCUAAAGCAAAAAAAAAACAUGCGUGUGUUGUAAAGAAUAAAUGGAAAGAGGUAGAUUUGUACUGGGAGUUGACAGAAUAUGAAAUUGCUACAUGUGAUUUGUUAGAAAGGAAAUUGGACAGUUUUUUGUUAUUUUGCGAACAUAGAGUAGAACUAAUAAUAAUUUGAGCAGUAAGAAAAAAAACAAAAACAAAAGAGCAGCAGCAUCUCACAUUGCUCCCAUAUAGUUACAAGAAAUGACUUGUUUUUAAGAGUAGCUGUUCAACACUAAUCUUUAAUUCACCAAAUUGGUGUCUUUAUGUUACCUGUGUGAUGGAGAACUACUAUAUUUUUCUGUGUGACUGCUGUUUAAUAUGCAUCUGAUUUGUAAUGAGCUACCUAUAUAUUUUCUGAAUAUAGCAUGCAUGCGUACAUAGCUUUGUUAAAAAUUUGCUAUUUCAAUGAAAGCGCUGUUGUGGGCAGGUAAAGCAGGAGAAAGCAAUCAUGCAGUUGUGAAAUGAUUCUACGCUCUAGUCCCUAAUGAUCCCAUGCUUUUUGGACAGAUUUUUAAAUGGCUCAUGAAGGGUUGUUAUUAAUGUGAUAUGGUAUGAUUUUGUUAAUAAUAUGUGCCUUGUUAAUUGUGGAGAUCAGUUAAAAAAAAAAUAUGCAAAGGGAUCAUCAAUGGGACUGGGAUUAAGCACCACUAGAGCACACAUCUGGUAUAGUUAACAUUUUUAGUAUAAAAUGGUAUUUUAUUUUGUCAAGAGUAAUAAUAAAGGAAUAGGAAUAAAGUGUUAAAACCCCA